GUAAAGUCUCAUAUUCAAGGUGCAACUGAAUUUCUAUCAAUAUCAGAAGACAUCAAUCAGUAGCCCAGUCCUUCACGUUGCCCCUCGCCAGAGAACAAAGAAGAAAUGGCAGCCUCUGGGAAGACUUUUAUUGUCGAGCAUCUCGACCCAGAGCUAGGCCCUUGGUCCGAACUCGAAUAUCUGGCCAUUGCACGCGAGACACAAGCGACCCAUGGUUCUUUCAUCCUCUCCAGUUUGCCUUCUACGUUCCAGGUUCCAACAGACCUGGCCAGUAACCCCGCCUUCACUGCUGAGCAGCGUGGUGUUGAGGAGCUCUACGCCGCCAACAAGUCGCGAGUUUGCCUGCUAGAUCCAUCAGCCGCCUUGGAUCUCUCUCCUGAGGAUGGUGAGAACUUUGAUGCCUUCUUGUUUGGAGGUAUCCUUGGCGAUGAUCCUCCUCGAGACCGUACUUCGGAGCUUCGAAAGAAGGGCUUUGAAGGUCGCAGACUUGGCCCCAAGCAGAUGACAACAGAUACGGCCGUCCGGGUUACUCGUAUUGUUGUUCAAGACAAGGUGCCACUCGAUCAGGUGCCCUACCUGGACUUCCCUGAGCUCAAAUUCAACGAACACGAGAGUACCGAGAUGCCCUUCCGAUAUGUACAGGGUGAAGACGGCAAGCCUAUCAUGCCCAAGGGCAUGGUCGAGUUGAUCCAAAAAGAUGCCGAUAAGGCCGUGGAUGACCUCUUCUAAACAAAUCAAAAUAAACCAUGUUAUCCACUGUCUGAAUCCAGUUGCUGGGUACAAGACG